AUGGGUGACGCAGAGUUAGAAGAGAUCAGACGAGCUCGUCUCGCGCAGCUCCAGCAGCAGCAGGGCGCACGUGGUCCAUCUGGCCAGGAUGGCGCCGAUCAAGCCCAGCAGAAGAGGCAAGCCGAGGCUGAACAACGCGCCUCAAUCAUGACCCAGAUCCUCGACCCCGCUGCCGCUGAUCGCCUCGGCCGUAUUCGCCUGGUCAAGGAAUCGCGUGCGACCGACAUUGAAAACCGGCUGAUCAUGCUUGCCCAGUCCGGACAACUGCGACAAAAGGUGACGGAGGAACAGCUGAAGGAUUUGCUCGGAGCUAUCGCGGAGAACCAGCGCAAGGAGGAAGAGGAGCACAAGAUCGUCAUCUCUCGUCGCAAAGGUGGCUGGGAUGAUGAUGACGACCUGCUGGAUCUGUAA